UGGAGGCAGUACAUAUAUUACUGUGCUUAUGCUCGAAAGAAUUUUCCAGAAGUUGAUAGUGUUGAGCUAUAGUUGGAGGUGAUUUGAAAAGGCUGUUCAAACGUGGUUGGCGAGUGUAAAGGUUUUGUUGGUCCGCUCCUUGUGUUGCUGUGAUUUCUAUUUCUAAGCAACCGAAAAGAGGAAUUCACAACGGUACAGUUUAACUUUGAAAGUAAUUUGAAAUUGAUCUGUACCAUCCUAUAAAAAACAUCGUAACAUACAAUAAAAAUUUAAAUAAUCACGAAACUAUUGCAGCACUGAACUUCCGAGAAAGAAAGCGAAAAUGAGUGGCCAAGUUGAUCAGGCACUCAAAGCAAAGGAAGAAGGUAAUGAAGCAUAUAAGAAGAGAGAUUUUGAAAAGGCCUUGGAGCAUUAUGAUAAAGCUAUAGAACUAAAUCCUUCUGACAUGACAUUCCUACUGAACAAAGCUGCUGUGUUUUAUGAGCAGAAAGAUUAUGACAAGUGUAUUAAAGAGUGUGAAAAAGCUAUUGAAGUUGGAAGAGAAUACAGAGCAGAUUUCAAAAUUAUAGCAAAGGCCUAUGCUCGAAUGGGUGGAGCAUAUUCAAAGAAAGGUGAUUUGUAUAAUGCAAAGACAUACUAUCAGAAAUCUCUAACAGAGCAUAGAAUACCAGCUACUCUAACAAAACUCUCAGAGGUUGAAAAAAUGAUAAAAGAAACUGAGAGAAAAGCCUAUAUAGACCCUGAUAAAGCAUUAGAAGAAAAGAACAAAGGAAAUGAGUAUUUUCAAAAAGGGGACUAUCCAGCAGCAGUAAGACACUAUACAGAAGGCAUAAGACGGAACCCUGAUGAUCCUAAGCUCUACAGUAACCGCGCAGCCUGCUACCAAAAGCUAGCAGAGUUUCAUCUAGCCUUAAAGGACUGUGAUGAAUGUAUCAAAUUAGACCCACGUUUUGUGAAAGGUUACAUUAGAAAAGGAAUGGCAUUGAUGGCCAUGAAAGAACCUAGCAAAGCUGCUACUGCUUUCCAGAAAGCCAUUGAAUUGGACCCUAACAGUCAGGAAGCACUUGAUGGUUACAGGAAAUGUUUGUUAGCAUCUGAUGACAACCCAGAGGAAGUCAGAAAACGAGCGAUGGCAGAUCCUGAAGUUCAAAAAAUUCUUGGAGAUCCAGCAAUGAGAAUUAUCUUGGAACAAAUGCAGAGUGAUCCAAAAGCUUUGCAAGAACAUUUGAAAAAUCCUGAUAUUGCAGCCAAGAUUCAGAAGCUGAUAGAGUCUGGCCUAAUUGCUAUACGUUAAAGCUGAUUUUAUUCUGGUCAACAGCUUGCUUUAAUUAAAUCAGUUAAUAGUUAAUACAAGCAAGGAACAUAUUAUUAAUUCAUCCUUAGCAAAAACAUAUUACUGUUAAAAUACUAAUUAAUUUUCUUCAUCAUUUCUUCCAUUUUAAGACUUAAGAGUAGUAUCUAGCUGUUAUUGUAAUAAAAAUCAGUUACAAACUCUUGAAGAUUGUCUGUUAUUAUUUAUGUACCAGUGUAAUUAAGUCUUAGGAAAUGGAAACUUGUAUGAAAACAAAGCUUGAGGUAAUAUAUACAAACACCAUUGAAUAAGUAGUAUAAUUCCAGUAUUUGAUUAGUGAACCUAGCAGUAUUGCUGUUGACAUCCAUGGACAUUGUAAUGUGUAAGAUGUGUGAACGACAAACUUAAGUCUAGGAAGUCAUGUAGCAUUUAAAAAUUGUACACAAUAUACUGUUUUAUAAACCCUUUGGGAUUAAGUUUCAAGUGAACUAUUUUGUAUUUAUCACUGAACUUUAUGCUGUUACAAAGAUACUCUAUUCUAGUUCCUCCCUAUUAACUUUUUCUCCACUGGAAAUUUUCUCACUUAAUGAUAGUACCGAAAGAAAAGUAAAUCAGAUCUUAAAAGCUAAUUUUUUUUUCUCAUCAGUUAAAAUGUAUUUGAACAGUUUGAAAGUAUUUUAAAAUAUAAGUAGUGCUAUUUACUGUGGAUAAAAAUGUUGUUUUUACUUUUCUCUGAAAUAUGCACAAACAGUAUUUUGUUUUCUAUACGAAAUGAUCCUGUUGUUAUAAUCUAACAGAGGUAUCAGUUACCCAUUAAUUAACCAGGACUAGGGACAAUUUGUACACAAUUCCUUACAUAAGUUUGUUCUGUUAAAUUUUAAGAACUGGGAUUGUAAUUAUUUAGGGUCCAUGUGGAAUUAACGCAUAGCUGGAUAAUUAUUAAUUUGGUAGUGGUUAUUGUUUAAAGUAUUUUUUUACCAAAAUUAAACUAGAGAAGUAACAGAAGCUUCAAUUUUUGGUAUGAUGGCACACAAUGCUAUAAAAUGGCACACCAAGAAAUAACAACUGAUAUAUUUAUUUGUAGAAAUUAAGUCAUAAACUUUUGAUUACUUCAAUUUUAUGUUCAAAAAAUCAAACACUACUCAAGGUGAUAGCUGGUUCACUUUUGAAUGAUUAGCACACUGUAGCGACUUCUGAAAAUUCCAUGAACGAAUAACAGUAUUUUCCAUUUAAAAUUUGGAAGUAUCAGGAACGUCAUUUAGCAAAUUGUUUUGUUUUGAAAUUGGGUAUAUUUUGUUUAAAUUUCAAGUUUUAAAACUUCCAUGUUACACUUCUGUAAUAAUAUUAUAUUCACAGGAUUUGAAUUCUGUAGAAACACGCGACAUCUUUUACAAAAACUUUACAAUAAAAAAGGGGGAUUUCCUUUAACCCACCUCA